GCAUGGACGUCGGUCUAUAGCGGGGACUUUGCGAAUUCCAAUAUAAUUUGUUCGUCUUCCCACUUUGUCAUUUUAUUCAAUUGAACUCAAUAGUAGCGCGCGCGUGUGUGUGUGAGUGAAAUAGUAAUACCUGAAGAAGAGACAUACGAAGUACUUGUCACAAAGUAAUUUGGGCUUGUGUUAAACAAAAAGUUGAUGCCGUCUUGAAUAUUAAUUUCUGAAAGUGCUGCAUUUAACUGAAAUUUAAAUAAAUUUAAUUUUAAUAUUUCACUGGCAAAUUGUGUCUCAAGUGAAAGAACAAAAGAACCAGCACAGCGCCGUUCAAAAUAAAAAUAAAAACAUAAAAAUUUAUAGACUUCUCAAAAGUGACUACAAUGCGUGUCUAGCAUAGUAAUGGAUGAAGUUCAAUAAUUGCGGUUUAAAGUUUUUUUUUUUUAAACAAAAAGAAAUUAUUUUUCCAGUUUUCUACAUCCAGCAGUGAUUCAGGAACACUGUUUAAUACUUUCCAACGAAGAACCGAUAUACAAAGGAAAAUAGAACGGAAAUAAACCAAACGAUUUAAAAUGGGCACAAUGGGUGUCAUAUCAGCACCUUUACUACUGCUGCUGGUCACUAGUGUAUUUGCACACAUACGCAUUGAAGCACCAGAGGUACACUUUGCUCCAAAACAGAAUCCGAGCUUUGUGCGUUCUGCGGUGGAAAGCAUGCCUACAGAUGCCGAUGGUAUGGAAACAUUAAGCCGUUUUAGCAUCCGACCAUCUUUUGGUGAGGUAUUUCUGCCUUUGCGCAGCGCUGUGGAAAGCGUGCCAACUAUUAAUUUGCGCACAGUUGCAUCAUUACAUGAGUCUUCUCCAUUACGUACCUUCGUGCGAGACUCAGUGGAAGCAGCUCCUGUUGAUGAUAGCUACGCAGAUGAGGAUGACUUCGAGGUAGCAGUAAUACGUACUGCACUUAACGAUGAUUCAAAGCCAGAAAAACUAGUGCAGAAAUUGGAUACUGAAAACCUAAAAGAACCAGAUCCAUGGACUGUUUCAGAUAAAUAUGCUGCUUUUGUGCAACCAAGCAAAGACGAUGACUAUUUACCCCAACCAUUUCGUUCAGAUUCGCCAUAUCAACAACUUGUGAAAUCAAUAGAUGUCGAACAAUUAGAACUCAUAGAAGACGUAGAACGUGUGAAAGAGCAACUAGCUUAUGGAGCACUCGCAAAUACAGAAUAUAGACAAGAAAUCGAGCUUCCGUAUGGUGCUCUAGCUAAUCUAAAAUCAGCCAAACCUAACAACAAGCCAGCAAAGAAAAAUUUCAACAGUUCACCACAAGUAAUCUGCUAUCUAACAAACUGGGCAUUUUAUCGUAAGGCUGAUGGGAAAUUUGUGCCUGAGCAGUUAAGCUCCAAACUCUGCACAACUGUUGUUUACUCAUUUGCAUCGCUGGAUCCAGAUCAUUUAAACAUUAAAGAAUUUGACCCGUGGGUUGAUGUUGAUAAUCAAUACUACAAACGCACAGUAGAAACUGGUUUGCCGGUACUAAUUGCACUUGGUGGUUGGACAGAUUCAACGGGUGACAAAUAUUCUCGUUUGGCUAGCAAUGAAAUCAAACGUAAAGUAUUUGCUUCAAAUUUGGUUGGAUUCAUAAAACGGCAUGGUUUUUCGGGCUUGCAUUUAGAUUGGAAUUAUCCUAAAUGCUGGCAGAGUGAUUGCUCUAGGGGACCUGCCAGUGAUAAACCUAACUUUACGAAAUUAUUACGUGAAAUUCGUUCAGAGUUUGAUCGUGUGGACAAGAAACUGCAACUAGGAGUUGCAAUAUCUGGUUACAAAGAAAUUAUUAAUGAAGCCUAUGAGUUCCCUGAAAUAUCACAAGUUGUAGACUUUAUGACAGUCAUGACAUAUGAUUAUCAUGGUGCCUGGGAGCGUCAAACUGGUCAUGUCAGUCCUUUGUAUGGUCGUAAGGGAGAUAAAUAUCCACAAUAUAACACGGAUUUCACAAUGCAGCUAUUGCUCAAACUGGGUGCCAAGAAAGAGAAAAUAAUAAUGGGUAUACCAUUUUACGGACAAACAUUUACAUUAGAACGUCAGAGCUCAUCAUUAGUAGGCGAAGGAGUAGCAACAUCUGGACCCGGCGAAGCUGGUGAAUUUACAAAACAACCAGGUAUGUUGGCAUACUACGAAAUAUGCCAACGCAUACGCAAACAUAAAUGGCUGACUGGUCGUGACUCAGAACACAAGUCUGGUCCUUACGCUAUGCUACGAAAUCAGUGGGUUGGCUAUGAAGACCCAGCAUCAGUGGAAGCCAAAGCACGUUAUGCUGUAAAUAGUGGUUUUGCUGGCGUUGCUGCGUGGACAGUCGAUUUGGAUGAUUUCCAGAACCGUUGCUGUAGUGAAGCAUAUCCGCUUCUAAAUGCUAUCAAUCGCGCUUUAGGACGCACAGCAACACCACCACCCACACGUGUAAACUGUGAUCGACCAACGCAACCAGUGACACCAGUACCGCCAGUUAUGACAACAGUUAGCAGUGACGGAUCAGCAAGCGGAGGUCACGAACAUCAUACGACUGCUCGACCUAGUUGGGAGAUGCCAUCAACAACUACCAUUAGUACGACAACACCACGUACGACCACAGUAUGGUGGUCACCACCUUCAACGACAACAACCACCACUACCACAACAACCACCACUACAACUACCACAAGACGCCCUACUACAAAGAAACCAACGAAACCCGUACAUGUUGAGCGACCUGAACAUACCACAAUACCAUCCCCUGCUGUUGUACGGCCAGUUGUGCAAGCAUCUAACUGCGAGGCUGGUCAAUUUUAUGCUGACAGAUCUAACUGUAAUGCAUAUUAUCAAUGCAUUAUUGCAGGAGAAUUGCGUCAACAAUUCUGUCCAGGUGGCCUGCACUGGAAUGAUAUAAGUAAAAACUGUGACUGGCCCGCCAGUGCACAGUGUACGAUUAGAGUUAAGCCAGAACAGACUUCAUCUACAACAACCAGACCAACCAAAACUACUGCAACAACAAAACGUCCAACUAAACGCACCACUACAACGCAAAGGACAUCAACGCGUAGCACUACAACUAAUCGCCCAACUACCACGCCACGAACAACGGCUGUCACCAAACGAACUACUAAAAUACCAAAUAGAACAACUAAAGCACCCAUUACGUCUACCAAGCCCACACGUAAGCCAACGAAAACAACACCGAAACCUGUUGCAAAACCCCCUCACCGACCCAGUGCUAGAUGCAAUGAGGGAGAAUAUUAUACACACAGGAAUUGUGGACAAUAUUAUAUCUGUGUCAAUGGAGCAUUAGUGCCAAACAGUUGUGGUAGCAAUUUGCAUUGGGAUGGAAUUCGACAAAUUUGCGAUUGGCCAGAGAAUGUUAAAUGUGUGACCACUAAGCGCUACUUGCGUAUUGUGCAAACGAAAGCCAAUCCAAAUGAUCCUUGUAAUGGAGAGGAACGUGUAGGAUAUCCUGGCGACUGUACGAAAUUCCUUUUCUGUCUAUGGAAUCGUUUACAAGCGGGUGAUUGUGCGCCUGGUUUACAUUACAACGAAGCAAUAAAUCAAUGCGACUGGCCAAUGUCAGCUAAUUGUGACGAGUCCGGUGGAGGCGAAGUAGAAGAACUCAUACCUGGUGGUAAUGAAAUUACACAGUCCAAACCUCCCUUACAACCCAAACCCGCUCCUUCUACUACCACUACAACAAGCCGUCCAACGACUACUACAGUUUCGUAUCCUACUGAUAAACCUGUAUUAGAACCAUUAAGUGGCUAUUAUAAAAUAGUUUGCUAUUUCACAAAUUGGGCUUGGUACCGUAAAGGAAUGGGACGUUACACUCCCGAUAACAUUAACACUGAUCUCUGUACACACGUGGUAUAUGGUUUUGCCGUGCUUGAUUAUUCGAACUUAGUACUUCGAACGCAUGACUCAUGGGCUGAUAUUGACAAUAAUUUCUACACAAGAGUAAGUGGCUUGAAGAGUAAAGGCAUUAAAGUAAGCUUAGCACUAGGAGGAUGGAAUGACUCGCAAGGCGAUAAGUACAGUCGUUUGGUACGAAAUGCUGCAUCUCGUGCUCGUUUUGUAAAACAUGCUGUAGAAUUCAUAGAAAAGUAUGGUUUUGAAGGUCUCGACCUUGACUGGGAGUAUCCAGUUUGCUGGCAAACUGAAUGCAACAAAGGCAUGCCAGAUGAAAAGGAAGGUUUCACUGCUUUAGUUCGUGAAUUAUCUGAAGAAUUCGUGCCUCGCGGGCUGCUAUUAUCUACUGCUGUUUCGCCGAGCAAAAAAAUAAUUGAUGCUGGAUACGAUGUGCCACAGCUAUCUAAGUACUUCGAUUGGAUAGCUGUCAUGACCUAUGAUUUCCAUGGGCAAUGGGACAAAAAAACUGGACAUGUGGCACCUCUUUACUAUCAUCCUGAGGAUGAUUUGGAUUAUUUUAAUGCUAACUAUUCCCUGAAUUACUGGAUCGAAAAAGGUGCACCAUCUAGAAAAAUAGUAAUGGGUAUGCCUCUUUAUGGACAAUCUUUUACUCUGGAAAAUUCUAAAAAUAAUGGUUUGAAUGCCAAAGCACCUGGACCAGGUCAGGCUGGAGAAUUUACAAGAGCAGCUGGAUUUUUGGCUUACUACGAGAUUUGCGAUCGAAUUAAAAACCAUGGCUGGGAAGUUGUUCAAGAUGAACGUGGACGCAUGGGUCCUUAUGCGUUUAAAGGUACACAAUGGGUUUCAUUUGAUGAUGCAGCGAUGAUACGCAAAAAAUCACAGCUAGUUCGGUCUUUGGACUUAGCUGGCGGUAUGGUAUGGGCCCUAGAUUUGGACGAUUUCCGUAAUCGUUGUGGAGAAGGUGUACACCCAUUGUUAACCCAAAUACAUAAUGUUCUAAAGGAUCCUCCAAAUGGCAACGAAGCAGCUCCUGGUUUAACACCUGUAGAAAUCGAAUCCCUGGAAGAAGAAAAUAAUUCCGAAGAAGUUGUAGCAUCUGAUGUUGAAAUUGAAACAAAUCACGAGCAUGAACAUCACAACCAAGUCGAAAAUGAAAACGUGAGUGCACAAGAACAAGAAAACACAAUUGAUCCUAAUGAGGAUGUCGAGGAUAUUGAAGAUCUUGAAGACACCAGUAUAGAAUCUACAGGCAGUUCAGCAGAAGACACUUCAACAUCUAACGAUUUCAAGGUUGUGUGUUACUUUACAAACUGGGCAUGGUACAGACAAAAUGGUGGAAAAUUCUUACCGGAAAACAUUGACCCGGAACUAUGUACACACAUAGUUUACGGUUUUGCUGUACUUAAUAGAGAAUCAUUAACAAUAAGACCACAUGAUUCAUGGGCUGACUUAGAUAAUAAAUUUUAUGAACGCGUUAUUUCAUAUCGUAAUAAAGGUGUCAAAGUAACAGUUGCCAUUGGUGGAUGGAAUGAUUCAGCUGGUGAUAAAUAUGCGCGUUUAGUACGCAGCGCAGCAGCAAGGGCACGUUUUGUUAAGCAUAUAAUUGAAUUUAUUGAAAAAUAUGGAUUUGAUGGUUUAGAUUUGGAUUGGGAAUACCCAGUCUGCUGGCAAGUAGAUUGUACGAAAGGUUCAGAUGAAGAAAAAAGUGGCUUUACUGAUUUAGUUAGGGAGCUCUCAGAAGCCUUUAAACCGAAAGGUCUAUUACUUUCCUCUGCUGUGUCACCAAAUAAGAAAGUAAUCGAUGCAGGUUACGAUGUACCGAAGCUUUCCAACUACUUUGAUUGGAUAGCUGUAAUGACCUAUGAUUUCCAUGGCCAAUGGGAUAAAAAAACUGGCCAUGUUGCUCCUAUGUAUGAUCACCCUGAUGGUACUGAAUACUUCAAUGCCAACUUCUCUAUUAAUUAUUGGUUACAAAGUGGAGCUGAUCGUAAGAAAAUUAUAAUGGGAAUGCCAAUGUAUGGACAAUCCUUUUCCCUUGCCCAAAGCAAAGAUCAUGAUCUUAAUGCACCUACUUAUGGUGGUGGUGAAGCCGGAGAAGCAACACGUGCUCGUGGUUUCUUAGCAUAUUAUGAAAUAUGUUCUUACAUACGCAAACGAGGCUGGAACGUAGUACGAGAUCCACGAGGCCGAAUGGGUCCCUAUGCAUAUAUGCGUGAUCAAUGGGUAUCAUUUGAUGACGCACCUAUGAUAAGACAUAAGAGCGAAUAUGUUCGCGCUAUGGACUUAGGUGGCGCUAUGAUUUGGGCUCUAGACUUAGAUGACUUUAAAAAUGAUUGUGGCUGCGAAUCUUAUCCAUUAUUAAAAACAAUAAAUCGUGUGCUUCGUAAUUAUCCAGGCCCCCAUCCAAAAUGUAUGCUGGAAACACGAGACAAAACAAUGAUCGCAAAUUUAAUGGCACCUUCUUCAGCUUAUAAACCACAGCCAACAGCUCAAACCAAUACAUCACCCGCACAAAUUAUUAAGCCAGUGGCAUUAGAUGAAGAGCAACCGACAAAACGCAAGGAAUGCAAUGGACGUAACUAUGUACCACAUGAACGUGACUGUAACAAAUAUUACAUUUGUCAAUACAAUGAAUUGAUUGAACAGAAAUGUCCUGAAGGAUUACAUUGGAACGAAAACUACUGCGAUUGGCCACAAAGCACAAAGUGCGCUGUACGCCAGGAAUUAACUACGCAGCGACCAGUUAUUAUUAGACCGAAGCCAACAACCACAACUGCACCACCAACCAAGUCCACUAAAAAGCCUGUACAAACACCUCAAAAGAAACCAACAUCUCGCCCAAAGCCAACACCUUCUCCACCACUUAAUGAUAACGAAGACUAUAAGGUAGUAUGUUAUUUCACAAACUGGGCUUGGUACCGUCCUGGCGAAGGAAAAUAUUUACCUGAAGACAUUGACGAAAACCUUUGCACACAUGUUGUCUACGGAUUUGCGGUCCUUAACAGCAACACGUUAACUAUCAAAACCCAUGAUUCGUGGGCUGAUAUUGAUAACAAAUUUUAUGAACGCGUUGCAGCUUACAAAAAUAAGGGUCUACGGGUUACAGUUGCUAUAGGUGGUUGGAAUGAUUCAUUAGGCAGUAAAUAUGCGCGUCUUGUACUUGAUCCGGAAGCGAGAGCGCGAUUUAUUAAGAGUGUGUUAGAUUUCAUUGAAAAGUAUGGUUUUGAAGGUCUCGAUUUGGAUUGGGAGUAUCCAGUUUGUUGGCAAGUUGAUUGCUCGAAGGGAUCACCAGCUGAAAAAGCAGCCUUCGCUGCGUUAGUUCGUGAGUUGUCUGAAGCUUUUAAGCCACGUGGUUUACUUUUAUCAGCAGCCGUGUCACCAAGCAAAAAAGUUAUCGAUGCUGGAUAUGAUGUAGCAACAUUAGCUAAAUACUUUGAUUGGAUAGCUGUUAUGACAUAUGAUUUCCAUGGCCAUUGGGAUAAACAAACAGGACAUGUAGCACCACUUUAUUACGUUGAAGGCGAUUCAAAUGAAUAUUUCAAUGCAAACUAUAGUAUACAUUAUUGGCUCGACAAAGGCACACCAAAACAAAAACUUAUCAUGGGUAUGCCACUUUAUGGACAAUCAUUUUCAUUAGCCGACACCAAGCAGCGCAGCUUGAAUGAUAAAACAAUAGGUCCAGGUCAAGCUGGUAAAUUUACAAGAGCCGGUGGAUUUUUAGCAUACUAUGAAAUUUGUGAGAAGAUUAGCAGUGGUGGAUGGUCUGUGAUACGUGAUCCUGACGGACGUAUUGGACCAUAUGCAUAUAAUGGAAAUCAAUGGGUUUCGUAUGAUGAUGUUGCGGAUAUACGACGAAAAUCACAAUUCGUACGUAGUUUAGGUUUAGGCGGAGGUAUGGUUUGGGCUUUAGAUUUGGAUGACUUCCGCGGACGCUGCGGCUGUGGCAAGCAUCCAUUAUUGCGUACUCUGAACCAAGAACUGCGCGGCAUACCAGGACAACGAGCACACGAUUGUACAUAAUAUUAGUGCACAAGCGUAAAUGUGAAAAUACUCAAAGUUAACUGCAAUAAAAUAAAAAAUUAUUCUAGUGCCAAUAUAUAUAGCAUAUAAUACAAAAGCAUUUACAUAUUUAUAAUCACUCUGCAAAUCAGUUUUUUGAUUUUAUGUGAUGCAAUAUUGCAAACUCGAUAUCAUUAUGCUUAAUUCCGUAUU